UUUGAGGUUUUGGUGGAUUGAGGUUUCGGUUAUUGAGGUUUAUUUCGGUGUAUUGAGAUUUCGCCGGAUUGCGGGAUGACGGCUGGACGGGUAGAGUUUAAAGGCGGGAUGCAGGUGGAUGAUGUUGCUGUGGAGGGGCGCGGUUUGGUGGUGGGAGGAAGGGUUGCUGUUGAUGUCGCUGUUGCUGCUGUUGCUUUGCUUACAUUGCCAUUGCCAUUGCCGAUAUAUACCCAGCAGGCCAGGUUGCCAGCCCUUGAGCUGUUUCGGUUGCCCUGUUGCACUUUGUACAAGUUAUAGUGCACGGCCAACUACAUCAAUGACAAGAGACCGGAACCAUUUGCAACAGAAAAUGGCUAGAAGAUGUGAUUUUCAGACAGGCAACCUUAUGAGAUGGAUGACUGGGCAAAGGGGGACCGAUAUAUUCUCGCGAGGGAAUUCAAAAACCUCAAGGUUUCCAAACUACGUACAAUAGCUCCGUAAGAGCGACACUAAGUUAUAUCAAUUGCCAGCCAGUGCCAGGUGGCUUAAGCCCGAGGUCUCUCGCCCC